UCAGCGGCUUCCGGAUUAGCGUUUCUGCGCAGGCGCAAAAAGCUUCGGCGGAAGCGGCGGCGUGGGGCUCAGUUCGCGCGCGCCGGUCUUGGCCUCAGCGUGGGCAUGCGCAGGGCCCCGCCCUCGCUGAGUCUGCGCUUGAGCGCCGACAAUUUGGUGGCGGCGUCCGGAGGGUGCUUCUCUGCGCGCGGGGUCUGUCCUGAGUGCGGGCGACAGGACCUUCGCCAUGCCGGGGAUGGUACUCUUCGGCCGGCGCUGGGCCAUCGCCAGCGACGACUUGGUCUUCCCAGGUUUCUUCGAGCUGGUCGUGCGAGUGCUGUGGUGGAUUGGCAUUCUGACGUUGUAUCUCAUGCACAGAGGGAAGCUGGACUGUGCUGGCGGAGCCCUGCUCAGCAGUUACUUGAUCGUUCUCAUGAUUCUCCUGGCAGUUGUCAUAUGUACUGUGUCAGCCAUCAUGUGUGUCAGCAUGAGAGGAACGAUUUGUAACCCCGGACCGCGGAAGUCUAUGUCUAAGCUGCUUUACAUCCGCCUGGCGCUCUUUUUUCCAGAGAUGGUCUGGGCCUCUCUGGGGGCCGCCUGGGUGGCCGACGGUGUUCAGUGCGACAGGACAGUUGUGAACGGCAUCAUCGCAACCGUCGUGGUCAGUUGGAUCAUCAUCGCUGCCACGGUGGUUUCCAUUAUCAUUGUCUUUGACCCUCUGGGGGGGAAAAUGGCUCCAUAUUCCUCUGCCGGCCCCAGCCACCUGGAUAGUCAUGAUUCAAGCCAGUUACUUAAUGGCCUCAAGACAGCAGCUACAAGCGUGUGGGAAACCAGAAUCAAGCUCUUGUGCUGUUGCAUUGGGAAAGACGACCAUACUCGGGUUGCUUUUUCGAGUACGGCAGAGCUUUUCUCAACCUACUUUUCAGACACAGAUCUGGUGCCCAGUGACAUUGCGGCGGGCCUCGCCCUGCUUCAUCAGCAGCAGGACAAUAUCAGGAACAACCAGGAGCCUGCCCAGGUGGUCAGCCACGCCCCAGGGAGCUCCCAGGAAGCUGAUCUGGAUGCAGAAUUAGAAAACUGCCAUCAUUACAUGCAGUUUGCAGCAGCGGCCUACGGGUGGCCUCUCUACAUCUACAGAAACCCCCUCACAGGGCUGUGCAGGAUUGGUGGUGACUGUUGCAGAAGCAGAACCACAGACUAUGACUUGGUCGGAGGCGAUCAGCUCAACUGUCACUUCGGCUCCAUCCUGCACACGACAGGGCUGCAGUACAGGGACUUCAUCCACGUCAGCUUCCACGACAAGACACGCAAACACACUCCUAAGUCCUGUGUACCAUUUCAGAGGGGCCAGCCACAGACCCUGGGGAAGCCACACAGAUGCCCUGGUGCAGGUUCAGAACCCAGGUUUCACCCUGGGCGACAGAGCAAGACUGUGUCUCAAGAGAAAAAGCCAGCUGUGUGUGGCUGCAGUGCUGUGUGCCCAGUGUGCCUCGGGGUCUCUCCAGGUGGUUCUCACCUGCACAGCCGUGGGGGCCUGCUGGUGCCGACGGACGGCUCUCACACUUCGCUGCCCAAGAGAACCUCUGGAGGAGCUUUUAAUACUGCUGAAGUCCAGGCUGCACCCUGGGUUUACGAGCUGCCGUUUAUAGUGGCUCUGGAUCACAGGAAAGAGUCUGUUGUCGUCGCUGUGAGGGGGACCAUGUCUCUGCAGGACGUCCUUACGGACCUGUCAGCGGAGAGCGAGGUGCUGGACGUGGAGUGUGAGGUGCAGGACCGCCUGGCACACAAGGGUAUUUCUCAAGCUGCCAGAUACGUUUACCGACGACUCAUCAACGACGGGAUUUUGAGCCAAGCCUUCAGCAUUGCCCCCGAGUACCGGCUGGUCAUCGUGGGCCACAGCCUCGGGGGUGGGGCGGCCGCCCUGCUGGCCACCAUGCUCAGAGCCGCCUACCCGCAGGUCAGGUGCUACGCCUUCUCCCCGCCUCGGGGGCUGUGGAGCAAAGCUCUGCAUGAAUAUUCUCAGAGCUUCAUCGUGUCGCUCGUCCUGGGGAAGGAUGUGAUUCCCAGGCUCAGUGUGACCAACUUGGAAGAUCUGAAGAGAAGAAUCUUACGAGUGGUUGCACACUGCAAUAAACCCAAGUACAAGAUCUUGCUGCACGGUUUGUGGUAUGAACUGUUCGGAGGGAAUCCCAACUUUCCCACGGAGCUGGACGGGGGCGACCAGGAAGUCCUGACACAGCCUCUUCUGGGGGAGCAGAGCCUACUGACGCGCUGGUCCCCGGCCUACAGCUUCUCCAGCGACUCCCCACUGGACUCGUCUCCCAAGUACCCGCCGCUCUACCCUCCCGGCAGGAUCAUCCACCUGCAGGAGGAGGGCGCCUCGGGGCGGUUUGGCUGCUGCUCUGCUGCUCAGUAUAGCGCCAAGUGGUCACACGAAGCGGAAUUCAGCAAAAUACUCAUAGGUCCGAAGAUGCUGACAGACCACAUGCCAGACAUCGUGAUGCGGGCCUUGGACAGCCUGGUUUCCGACAGGGCGGCCUGCGUCUCCUGUCCGGCGCAGGGGGUCUCCGGCGUGGACGUGGCCUGACCGGGGCUCCGGGAAUCUGUCCCAGGAAUGAUGGACUCGCGCUUUUGUCCUUAAACUGAUCUACCAUCCGAGGAAUUCCCAUGACGCCAAAACAGCGGACGUCCGUCAGCGGAAAUCGGAUGGGAACAGCGUUCUAUGGUCUCAAUGACUGAACAGUUUAUGGAAAGUCAUUGUGGCCAUUGUAGCAGAAGCAGCGAGCACGCUCAGGUGAUGGGACUCCUGAGACCCAGCCACCGUGGAGACAGCCUCGGGAAGCCCCGGCCCGCGGAUGGAUCCCUUGGCUGCUCCAGAAGUGUUGGAAUCCAGGGCCCACCCGGAAGACCAUGAACAGAUCCGUAGCCUCCCACCCCCAAGCCAGCCCUUUUCAUCCAACUCGGUUUACAGGCGUGGUUGGUUUUUCAAACUGGGCUUCCUGGCUGUGCAAAUGAAACUGUUGUGAGGGUGCGGGCUGGGGUUUUCUCCUGGGCGUCACCAAGGGCAGCCCUGAGCUCUGGCUGGGGAUGAAAAUGAAGCCCAGUCGGGGAAGUGAGUGGAGCCCCCGGCCCCGCCCCUCCGAGCCACAGCUCCCCGGCGCCUGUUCCCACCACCCCGUUCUUUCAUUGUGUCCGCAUCCAGAGUUGCUGAUAGAAUUCUUGCUACUCUUCUGGCUCUGGGGUCGGCCAGUGGAUUCAGGAGUUAAAACAAUAAAGCACGUGUCAUGAUAGUG